GUACAGGGGGUCAGGCAGAGAGUGGUCGGGGUCACAAGCCAGGGAUCAAACAGGAGAAGUCAGCAGAGGUCCGGAUCAGGCAGGGUCAGCAACGAAUCAGUCAGACAGGAACAGGAACAGGGGCCCAUAGAAAAGCACACACCAAGGCCCAGAUUGCAGGUCUGGCCAUCCCUUAAAUACACCUGUGAUCAGCCUCAGGUGUUUUGGCUGACUGCAGGGUUGAGUCUCUGAUUGCUGAGAGCACCCGCUGGCCAGCCCUGGUACUGCAGCCCACAAGGCAGGUGAGUCCCACCAUUACUGGCAAGUCCAUUCCUGACAGU